AUGAACUGCCCACGUGACUGGCCUGAGCCAAUAAUCCGAGUCCAAUCCUUAUCAGACAGUGGCAUAAUAGCCAUACCCGAUAGAUAUGUCAAAGCGCCAUCUGCUCGGCCCUCGUUCGAUUCGACCACCGCCAACAUCCCUAUAAUAGACCUCGGCGGCUUAAAUGGUGGUGACAACCUAGAAUCCAUCACGUUAAACAAAGUAUACGAGGCAUGUUCGGAGUGGGGAUUUUUCCAGGUAGUGAACCAUGAAGUGAGUCCCGAGUUGAUGGAUCGAGCUAGGGAAGUUUGGCGUGAAUUUUUUCAUCAACCUCUGGAAGUGAAACAAGAUUAUGGAAACUCACCAAAGACUUAUGAAGGCUACGGGAGUCGAUUAGGGGUCGAAAAGGGUGCCAUUCUUGACUGGAGUGAUUAUUUCUUUCUUCACUAUCUUCCUUGCUCGUUGAGGGAUUAUAACAAGUGGCCUGCUCUUCCCACACCCCUCAGGGAAGUGAUUGACCAAUAUUCGAAGCAAGUGGUGAAGCUAGGUGGGGUUUUAUUAAAGGCUUUGUCCAUUAAUCUCGGCUUGAAAGAAAAUUUUCUUCAAAAUGCGUUUGGGGGAGAUGAUAUUGGAGCUUGUUUGAGAGUCAAUUUCUACCCCAAAUGUCCACAACCGGAUCUCGCUCUUGGCCUCUCCCCACACUCGGAUCCGGGUGGAAUGACCUUUCUCCUGCCCGAUCACAACGUACCAGGGCUCCAGGUUCGUAAAAAUGACGGGUGGAUUACAGUUAAGCCAGCCCCGCACGCUUUUAUUGUCAAUAUUGGCGAUCAGAUUCAGGUCCUAAGUAACGCUAUUUACAAGAGUGUUGAACAUCGAGUAAUUGUUAAUUCAAAUCAGGAACGUCUCUCGCUUGCCUAUUUCUAUAAUCCUAAGAGUGAUUUAUUGAUACAACCAGCUAAGGAACUUGUGACAUCAGAUCGACCCGCACUGUAUUCAGCCAUGACUUUUGACGAAUAUCGACUUUACAUCCGGACCAAGGGCCCUAAAGGCAAAUCUCAAUUAGGGGAAUCCUUAAAAUCUCCAAGAUGA